AUGAGACAUCAUCGCAUCUUGUGUGAUAAGGACCAAACAGGAAAGCAAAGCAAGAAUAAACAAAGUGGUGUACAAGUGGGAACGCUAUCAGUAAAUGAGCAGGACAAACCAAAUAAGUCAGGUAAGCUAUCCAUAUUACCAACAGCAACAAUUCCCCUGAAAGGGAAGAAAGGUCACAUGGUACGACUUAGAGGGCUGUUGGAUACUUGUGCCGAGAGAACGUUCAUUAAAAGAUCAGCUCUAGAGAGACUGCAAUAUAGGUCCAAAGGUGUUGAAAAGAUAGCCUUGAGAGGUUAUCUAACUAGUAAACCUGUUCAUGAAUACGAGAUGAUAAGCGUCGCCAUACCACAUAAAGAUAAGUUGAUAAUAAUGGACUGCAUAGUGGUGGAUGAGCUACCAGAAUAUGCGAAGAAAUUCGACGUUAAGAGAAGUUUGAAGUCGUUAUGUAAAACUAAGAUCAGCUUGGCUGAUAAAGAUUUUGAUUUGCCUGUUGAGAAUAAAUCAACUAUUGAAUUGUUAAUAGGGGUUGAUAAUGUUUACAAUAUUUUGCAUCCAGGGUUCAAAAGGGUUAAAAACUUAAUAUUGCUGCCGACCAUAUUCGGUUAUGUGGUGACAGGCACAUGCAGUGCUCCCCCCACUAGGGAGACUCAUGUGACAAUUUUGAAGCUAGCUGUACAAACUGAAGAAAUUGAAGCUACUCAUAAUGAAAAUCCCAAGACUGAUCUGGACGCAUUGUGGAGUUUGGACAGAUUGGGAAUAGAUUGCAGUGAGUUGCGAGAACAAGACCAGAGGGUCUUAAAGGACUUUGAGAGCACUAUAACAUAUUCUGAAAUUGAUAAACAGUAUGUUGUGGCGUUGCCGUGGAGAACCAAUAGAUUCAGAUUGAAGAAAAAUUUUGGUUUAGCCAUGAGCAGACUUCGACAGCAGACCAUCAAGUUUCAGAAGGAUGUGGAUUACUUGGAUCAUUAUCAGAAAAUCUUGCAAGAGCAAGAAGAUAGAGGAUUCAUUGAGAAGGUGAUCUAUAAUAAAUCUGAUGUGAUUGUCAUUACUUGGCACAUCAUGGAGUGCUUAAAAGACAGUGCCACUACCCCAAUAAGAAUAGUGUUUGAUUGCUCAUCAAAACAAGCAUCAAUAGCACUAUGCGAGUCACUGAAAAUUAUUGAAGAAAUUGCUCACCUUUCAGAUAUUAUGUCAAGUGCUGCUCGUAUGGCCGAGAGUUCUGCAUUAAACACAGAUGAUAUUAAAGGAGGGUCUAGGCAAAUUUACCGACAGCAAUUCACUGACAAUUGA